CGCUGGAAAAAGAAAAAGAACACUAACCUCACAAACAAACGCGAAUGCAAAUCGUCCAUUUUCCAUUAUAUUUUUUCGAUACCAUAAAAAGCUAGUGAAAAUUGUGUUUGGCCGUACCAGUCUGGUUAAAUCUGUUGGAAAUGGUUACAACUAAAACGAAUAAACUAAGCGAACCACAGGAAAAGGACGGAGAAAUCGAUCAGGUGAAGCAAAAUCUAAAAGCCGGAUCAGCGUCUUCCUCUUUUACAAACACCACGAAGGAGGCGUCUUCGGGUUCUUUUGAGAGUAUCAAAGGCGAAGAUGGCGAGGACAAAUUGGUCAUUGGAGUGGAAUAUUUGGUGCAGCGCCAAGACGGAUCAUGGCAUCCGGCCCAGUUGAUUCAAAGCCGACAGAAUCCAUGUGAUCCAAAGCAGCUAGAGUACUACAUUCAUUAUGAGGGACUGAACCGUCGAUUGGACCAGUGGGUCAGCAGGGAGCGGAUUUCUAGUGCUGUAGCCGGAGGCGACAAAAAAUCUGUAGGACUUUGUGCUCCUGUGGCUCAGGAUUAUAAUGGAAAGAGUCCUCUGGUCAGUAGCGCGGGAAAUGUAAAAGAUUCUCCGAAAGUGGGAAAGCCCGCUGGAGAUAUUGAUAUUGUGGAUGGUGAUCCGGACAGAAAGAUUACUCGUAAUCAGAAAAGACGUCAUGAUGAGAUUAAUCAUGUGCAGAAAACCUAUGCCGAUAUGGAUCCUACGACAGCAGCGUUGGAAAAGGAACACGAAGCCAUUACCAAAGUAAAAUACAUUGACAAAUUGCGAUUUGGGAAGUUUGAAAUUGAUACAUGGUACUUUUCUCCCUAUCCGGAGGAGUACGGAAAAGUGGGCACACUUUACGUUUGCGAGUACUGCUUGAGAUAUAUGCGGUUGGCUAAAACUCUGAUGCAUCAUAAGGCAUCAUGCAACAGACGACAACCGCCAGGUAACGAGAUUUAUCGCAAAGGAACGGUAUCAAUUUUUGAGAUCGAUGGCAAAGAUCAUCGGUUCUAUUGCCAGACUCUGUGUCUGAUGGCAAAACUGUUUUUGGAUCACAAAACACUGUAUUACGAUGUUGAUCCCUUUUUCUUCUAUGUACUGUGCGAGAUCGAUAAGGAUGGUCAACAUAUUGUAGGAUACUUCUCUAAGGAAAAAGAAUCUCCAGAAGGAAACAACGUCGCUUGCAUUUUGAUUCUACCUCCCUACCAGCGUAAAGGAUAUGGGAAGCUUCUAAUUGCUUUCAGUUACGAACUGUCACGUCGCGAAGGUAUCGUUGGUAGCCCGGAAAAACCACUCUCCGAUUUGGGACGAUUGAGUUAUCGUAGUUUCUGGGCAUAUACGUUGUUGGAGCUUAUGAAGGAUUAUCGCACGACGACUAUCAAGGAACUCAGUGAAUUGUCCGGAAUUACACAAGACGACAUCAUUUACACCCUACAGUCCAUGAAAAUGGUUAAAUACUGGAAAGGGCAACACGUGAUUUGCGUCACCGGGAAAGCGGUUCAGGAGCACUUGCAGUUGCCACAGUUUAAAAGGCCGAAGCUGAUGAUCGAUUCCGCCUAUCUAAAGUGGACUCCGCAGAAAAGAGCCAUUCCUGUAAAGCAAGUAAAAAAGACGUAAUUGUUUGGAUGAAGAAAGUUUUGCAUAAGUAAGUAUGUUCCAUGUUCUAUUUUAUCUGUAUUUACUGCUCAACUAUGUGUAGGUUGAAGUGCUGUAGAAUAUAUCUUUGACCGCGGACAAAA